UUUAUUACAAAGUGUCAAUAACGCGCGUAGGAGCAGACGAGAAUUGAUAAGAAAACGUACUUUUCUACACGCAUAACUAUCGUUUAUUUUCAAGAUGGAUGUUCCCGUUGUUUUGGUUGUUUUUCUAUCUUCUAUGAGCAGUAUUCCAAUAGCUUAUCAAGUCAAUAAGCUGAAUCUGAUGAAAGAACCUAUUGCUAUUGUAUUCGUAGGGUUUGCCGCUUUAACUUUGGCGACUAUUUUACCGGUGUGGUAUAUCAGACGUAAAUAUGUAAAAGUUGAUCCAAUUAUGUACGCUUGUAUUACAUUUUCAUGGAGUUGUGUUAUAGAUCUACUUGUUGGCUUAGAGUUUGAUGGCUAUGUGACAGGUUUUAUGACAACUUAUUUUAAAGAAGGAGAGCCAUAUCUUUUUACUGUUCAUGGUGCUUUGAUAAGUUAUUGGGAUGCAAUGGCUAAUUAUGCUAUGUAUUUAUUAAUGAUCUACCUCUUCUGUCAAGGAAAAAGUUACCGUGAAGUAGGACUGUAUUGGGUUGGAUCUCUACUUCAUACCAUGGUUGUAUUUUUACCAGGAAAUCUCCUAGGUGAUUAUGAUGUUAAGUGGGCAUACCUGUUGAAUGUUCCUUAUUUAUUGGUGCCAUUGUUUGCUGGAUUUAAGUUUUUAAAAGAUCGUCCUAUGCAUAUCAAGUCUUAUAUGCAUGUACCAAGUAUCCUGAAAAGACCUAAAGAUCUCUUUUUUGUAUUUUUCUUUAUUGCUGCUAUUUUAUUAGCUAUAUUUAGAGGAAUGAUUGCCUUGGGUUGUGAUUCUGAUAAUAUCAGAUCAUAUGUGACAUCGUACGAACCAUAUAUUAAUGAUCCUACAACUUAUCCUAGAAUCCAGAUGCUGAUCUAUUUGUUUUAUUUUGUUAUAUAUUAUUGUUGUGCUAUAUUUGGUUUGUUGGUAAAGGAUCAGAGUUAUAUGACUGAUUGGUCUAUAAUACAUGCUGGUGCUGCAGCUCAGGCCCAGUUCGCUUAUAUUUUUGGAUCCCUUCACUCAAAGACGGCAUCACGACUCCAUCCUCCAACCACUGGUAUACCUGCUGUGUGGUUCUGGGUAAUAAAUCUAGGCUUACUCAUAGUACCACAACUAUUUGUAUGGCGCUGUAAAUCGGACCCUGACAUGUUUGGUAGAACUUACACCAUUGAUACUGCCGAGCCUGUUAGAGAUUUCAGUCAGUAUGAGACUCCCAGAAGUACACGCAAGAAAGUUUAUUAAAUGAAACAACAUUAGAUUUUUGGUCAUGUGAAAAAACCUCAAUUCAUCGUGAAAAUGAAAUCAUAAUUUAUUCUUAUGGUUGCUGCCACACUAAAAUAACCAUUUGUCAUAGAUAUCUUUUAUUUUAUUUAUAAUUGAAAUAUGUCCAUGAAAAAAAAAACUAAAUCCAAAAUAUCUGCACACAAUUUGGGGCAGUUAUUUUCUUAGAAUUUCUAAGACUUUUAAUUUUUUUAAUGAAUUAUGUAUAUGUAUGCAUUUGAGACUACAUUUUAUAUUUUGAAGGCUGUUUUGAAUCAAAACUCUUGACCUUCCAAGGAAUUUAUAACUUUUCGACAUUGGAAGAAAAUUUAAACCAAAUUUAGCCCAUGGUGGGAUUUUACAAAUUAUUCCUUAAUAUCUUUAUGUAUUUUUGUCAUAUCAGGAAUUCCUUCCUAGCUUAUAUUUUUGAAGGGGACAAUGAGUAACACUCGUGCUAACUUUCUAAAAUAUCCAAUCACCGACCUUCAAACGUUUUGGAAACUGUCAAACGUAUUGAAAAGGUAAUGACUGGACAACAGUGGGCAUUAUUAUAUAUAGGAUAUAUAUAAAGUAACAAUACAUUAGUGCUUAUAAGUAUAAGAAUACUCAUAUCUACUCUUCUGGGCAUUCUUAUAUAUUUUAAAACUCCUGCAUCAUCUUUUCUAUACUUAGGCGUAUUUAAUUAAAAGGCAGCAUGAUUUGUAUAAAUGUGUAAUUUAUUUCUACAAAUGCCAAUUGAAUGAUGAGUAAUUUAACAAAAUAUACCUGUGUGUUGUGUACACCUGAGUUAGGUCUACAUACUGUAUAUAUAAAUCCAGACAUGUUACCUGAGAUUUUAGCACAUCCAUGAUAUCACAUUGUAAUGUUAUUAAGUGUAUUAUAAGAUUAAUGUAGCUGCAUAGGAGUUUGGUGGAGGCAAAUUUUACAUAGUAUAUGCCAUAACUUGUAUUGCAUUAUUAUGAUAGAAUAUAGUAUAUACUAUUAAUAUUUUAAAUCAAAAGUUGUAUAAGAAGGGUAAAUUUAUCUAAACAUACUAGUACUCAUUAGUUUUUCAUAAAGGCUUUUUUUUAUUUGUAACAUAGGUUUACAUCAUAUGACAAUCUAAAAUAUUUUAAUUUUCUUUCAUGUUUACUCCAAAAUAUUUGGUUCCAGAAAUUAUUGUGAAAAUUGCUACAUUAUGAAAUUUGUGUAUAUAAUAAUACAAUAGCAUGCACAUGACAGAACUCUAGUCACAUAUCACAACAGUCUACAUGUAAUAGAUAUAUAGACUUUUUGCUAGAAAAAUGUAUCUUCACCAAUUACAAUGGUAAAGAAACUAAACGGUAAAUGGUAGUUCAGAUUCUACUUAAUAAGUAGCCAAACAAGUUUUAAAGAUAUAUUUCAUCACCAUAUUUUUAUUAUUAUUUUAUAUUCGGUAUAUUUUUUAUACUUUACUGCAGAAGUUUUAUCAAACUGCCAAUGAAAAAUGCAGCUUUUGCUAACAUAACGAGACAUUAUCCAUUACUACAUUGGCAUGGCCUAUUUAUAAACUCACUAUUUAAAGUCUCAUGAACAGCUUGCCCAAUGUCAAGAUGUUUUAAACAGCAGCUUUUAUGUAACUUAAUCUUAUACAGUGUAGAAAAUAUGUAAACACGGUCAAAUUAACUAAAGAAUUAAUUUUAUUUUUAGAUUGAAGUAGUAUUUACUUGUGAUGUUGAAUUUUAUAUGAUAGAUAUUUACAUCCAGCUUUUAGCUUCUAUUAUCAAGUGUUGUAGUCAUUGAGUGAAAGAUUCAAUGAAUUUGUUGUGAUGCAUCCAUAUACACAUAUAAAUCAUUCAAGCUUGCAACCAUUUAAUAUUAUACAUUAUCUCAUAAUAAAUUAUUUCUACCUUUGUAAUUCUCAUUACCUCAGUCAUAAUAUAUAUCAUCUUAUAUCUGGUCAUAAUUUUGUAAUCUUUGUAAUAAAAAUUUUACAUAAUAAUCCUU